UCGUCGUCACCGUCAUCAUCAUUAUCGUCGUCGUCGUUGCCAUCGUCAUCGUUGUCAUCACCAUCAUCGCCGUCAUCGUCAUCGCCGUCAUCAUCA